AUGUUGAGAAGGGAUUUUACCUAUCUGGUUUCGCGUGUACUUGUUGAGCAUCAUCCCUGUUUGGAGUUUCUACAAUCUGUUUGUGUAAAGCAUAUACCACAUCAAUUCAGCAAAGAAAUGGCAAAGAAAACUGAGAAGGUAAUUAUCCAUAAGCCUUGAGUAAUCAACAAAAAAGAUGGAAUAAUUGCAAGAAUUUUUAAAAUGUAAUCUUAUUCUUAUUUUUAUUUCCACAAGGUUCUUUUGGGUGUUAUUUUUAAAAGUGAAAAUAAAUCAGAGGAAAUGCUUGACAUCCUAAAACAAAUAAGAAGUUACUCCCCAAACUUGGAAAAUGCUGACCAAACUUUGCGUAGAAGCAUUCCCAUUGUUGGGGACCAGCUCACUGUUGAACGUGGUGUGAAUGUCAUUCAGGCUGUCCAGAAUUCUUACACUCCAGAAGAAAAAUUAGAGGGCAUCCACAUGGAAAUUGCUGACUGGCAUACUGCUGUUACUUUCUUGAACGUAAGGAAAUGCAGUAUUUCUUAAAGCUUAACUUGUACAUGUCUUUGAAAAUGCUGUCCGCACCUCAUUAAGUUUUCACUUCCAGGGGCAGAAAGUUCAAACCAUCUUCAGAAGAUUUCAUACCAUUAUGGUCAAUAAUACAAAAAAAAAAUCUGUACUCAACGUUUUUAUCGCCUAAUCUUUUUCAGAAGUAGAUGGAAACAUGAAAUGUGAGGAUGCAGUAAAGUUUUACACGUAGAUACAACCAAGUCCUGGAGUUUGUCUAUCUACUGUCAAAUCUCAUAAAAAUUAGCCUGAUUCUUAGACAUCCAACGUCAAUUGCAGCCCCUUUCUUUCUCUCCCUCUACGCAGUGAUCAACCUCAGGUGUCUGAGAAUCAGUCUACAAAAAAAGAGCCUACAAUCUUGCCAAUAUUACAGUCUACUAACAAUAAUACUAAUACCAACAAUAACAUUAUCAAUAGGAAUACUUAUUAUAGCAAUGAUAAUAAUAAUAUUGAUACUAACACUGCAACUACUACUACUACCAAUAAUAAUAAUACACUCAUACAUGCAUACAACAUGAGAGGUAAUGACAAUGAAAGGACAACUUGAUCAAAUUAAAAUUAAUGGAUUAUCAGAGUUAUGUACAUUGUAUGUGUUGUAGUUAAUUUUUUAUCUCAGGUAGAUUUGAUUUUUCUUUUGUUUCAAUUCCAUUAGCAUACAUUACCAUACCCAAAAACAAAAGAAAAAGAAAAAUUACCUGAGAUAAAAAAUUAACUACAACAUAUGCAAUGCAACCAAAAUUUAAUUUUCUUUGUUCUAGGUAUUUUUUAAGAGGCACUAUUCAACCAUUUCUGACACAGACAAAGGGACUCUUUUUGCUGAUCGCAAUUUGAUUAACCGACGGAAUGUGACAGCUGAUGUGCACAGCAACUGGGUGCACUGCAAAGCAUUUGCCAUCCUUGAAAUAAAAGCACGUAUCAUUGCGGCAGCAAUGUUGGUGCUCGGCAUGAAAAAGAUCAGUGAUCAGCCGACACACAAUCUAUCACCUGUUGCUGCAAGAAGUGGUAAUGACCAGGAGAAAAAACAUUACUUAAUGAAACUGUCUGGCCAAAUUGUAGAUCAAUUUGUUAUAGAUCAGCACUCCCUAAAUAGCUUCUUAGAUGGAAUACUUUCUGAACAGGAAAAGAAUGAUGCUGUUAAUAAUCAAGAGCUGACUACUGAUGGAAGAUUCCCCUGCCGAAGCCCAGGAUGUAAUAACUCAUUUAAAUAUGAUGGCAAAAGGAGGAGAGACCAUGAACUUACCCAUGAUCCUCCCCCUGUAAUCCCUGAAAAGCCUGUGCUAUCCUCUAAUUAUCCCAAGAAAGGUUCAUUGAGUGAUUUAGAUGAUGAUGAUGAUGUUUUUAAUUAUAACUGCUCACUGUUAGCUCAAGGACUCUUGUUUUUGAACUUUCUUGAUUCAACAUCAGAGGGAGAUGGUGACAGAUCAAUUAGAUGCUGGAAGUUCUUUCUGCUGCAUUUCAAAGAAGACAAAUCUACUACAAAGUAUGCACUAGAAGCUCUUUACCUGCUUUUGCAGGUAUAUUCUCUCCUUCCCCCAGCUGAGGCCCACAGCUUGGUAUGGAAUCGUACAGUUAACAACAAAGGGGGGCCAGGGAAAAAUGUUGCUAUUGAUCUUGACUUGGAACAUGACAAUAAUGAUCUAAAACAACCUAUCAAAAAUCUUGGGCCAAAUGUUACAGAGGAUGCAGUAAGGAGAAUUUCAAAUGGACAGCAAAAGUCCAAACAAAUGCUUUCUUGCAUGGACAGAGAAAUUCUUGUCAAGCAAAGGUCAGGCAAGCAUGUUUCAGCUGACUACUCAAAAGAUCUAAGAGCUGUUGUGAAUUCACUUAUCGAAGAGUCUGUGUUUUGCCGCACUCCAGGAAGACAUUACAAGCACUUUUCAAACUUUGUCAGAGACCCAUUGUCAAGGCUGGACAUGUCCAAUUUAUAUCAGUGGAUUAAUAAGCACAAGAAAAACAUUGACCUUGCAAGAAAAGCAAGAUAG